GCUCUAACGUGGGACCGCUGCUCACUUGCGGCUCUCAGCGAAGCUGGGGCGGUGCUUUUACGGCAGUCGUAAGUGAAGUGCGCACGACAGCCGCCGGCGUCGGAGUGGAGGAAGCAGGGGGGCCUGGCUUUGUCUAACAGCCAGUUCCAGCUGUGCGAUGCGGCCGCAGCAGGCACCUGUUUCUGGUAAAGUCUUUGUCCAGCGAGACUACGGUAGCGGCACCAGGUGCCAGUUCCAGACCAAGUUCCCCCUGGAGCUGGAAAACAGGAUCGAUAGGCAGCAGUUUGAAGAGACGGUUCAAACUCUAAAUAACCUUUAUGCAGAAGCUGAGAAGCUUGGGGGCCAAUCUUAUCUUGAAGGAUGUCUGGCCUGUCUGACUGCCUACACUAUCUUUUUGUGCAUGGAGACACAUUAUGAAAAGGUUCUUAAGAAAAUUGCCAAAUUCAUUCAGGAACAGAAUGAGAAGAUCUACGCACCCCAAGGCCUCCUCCUGACGGACCCCAUCGAGAGAGGACUAAGAGUUAUUGAAAUUACCAUUUACGAAGACAGAGGACUGAGCAGUGGAAGAUAAAACUAAGGAGUCUAAGCUCCCAGCUAGGUGGUGGACUUGCUGUACCAAAAGGUCCACCUACCUCCUGUCUAGAGCAUCAUUCCUCUCUGUUGCCAGAUCCAUGGUGCCAUCCACUAAAGGACUAACUUCCUAGACCUCUGCCCCACAUGGGGUGACCCUCUGGCUGGUCAGCAUCCAUUUUGUGUCCUUAUGGCAAGCUUUAAGUGAUGGGAUCAUCUUAAUUUCUAAGGGAAAGACAGUUGAGCUGUUUGCACUUGAAAUUUAACAGGUGGAUCAGCCACCUGAGAGCAGUACUGUUCCUUCACAGCCACUCAGGCUUUCCUAUACAUCAGACAGACUUCAGAAAGCAACAAGCCUGACUUUGGGAGUGUGUGUGUGUGUGUGUUUCAAAAACAAAAUCUUCACUCCAGAAUAAGUCCUCGGGGGACCGAGAGGGGCAGGAAGGAGGUAGAUAUGUCCAUUGCACAGAGUGCCUCUGCCUGGCAGCAAGUGACUCAAGGCAUAGAGCAUUUUAAGUUUCCAGAGCUGAUGCUCUCUGGGAAUUAUAAUGCAAAUGCUUUUGUUUUCAUGUUCUAGUUCUUCCUAAGAACCAUUAGCUAACAUUAUUGUUGGGUGCUUUGCUGCUGCUGUGAGAAUCUACUGUUACUGCGUUGUUCUAAAUUCAUAGGAGGAGAUCGUGUACUGCUUGUUUCAUUAAGCUAUGUAAGCACAAUAAAAUGAAUGCUGAACCAAUUAAUGUAACCAUCCCUACUCUAUCCCUUAAUGUUUAAUAUGUGAAGUGUAAUAAACUUUCUUUAUGGUUUUAUUAUAAAUAUAAUUUAUAGGAAAAUUUGAUUUGACAAAGUACUAGAUAGCGUGUAAGAGUUUCUUAACUCUAGUCACUGGCAAACUGCUGAAGGGUAGAGCUGUGCAGUAUGUCGUAUUCCCUGUGCAUAAACAUUCCUCAACGUCUGUUAAAAUACCUUGGACAUCUUCUGAGUAAAACUUCCUACAAAUCAAGUUGGUGUAAUAUUUUCUGUUGUCUCCUUCUCCUUUAUUAAAGUGAGCUCUCUAUCUGGCCUUGGCUUAAGUUAGCAGAGUCCCUCUGUUUUGGGAUUUACAAAAGAAAACUGUUCAGAACAGAGAGCAUUCUGCUUUGUGAUACUGUAGGUGCUAAUACUGGAUCUAAGCUUCCAGAUCUAAUUUCUCAUACACUGAUCUUUUUCCUGGAGGCUUGUGUAAUAUUUUAACUGUACAAAAUACUUGUUUUUCUAAGCUGUAACUGUGUUUGCCUUUUCAGACCUGUUGCAAUAAUUUUGAAGACCUAUUAAUGGAUCAAUAAAUUUUUCUUAAAUAAA